AUGAAUGAAAAAGAAAGUUGUGAACGUUCUAAAAAAAUCGAUUACUUAUCGUUCCUUAAAUGGUCGGAUAACGACACUAAAACGUUCUCAGGCAUUUUGAACAAUCUAGUUGAAAAGGUAUCCAAACAAAUUGAUAAUAUUGAAGAUAUUGUUAUAUGUAGUCAAGAAGAUCAGUUAUUCGAUCUAUCCAGUGAUAAAUCACCAGCUGAUAUACCUAAAGAUGUAGUGACGCUCGACAAUGCUAAAAGCAUUUGCUCAUCAGUAAUAACCGACUCGAGUUCAAUAUACAUACAAUCUUCAAAUCCAUCAGAACCAGCAGUUCCAAUAAAGUCUCCCACAAUAUCUUCAUCUGAAUCACUGGAUGAACCGAUCGACGAAAAUAUCUCAGACACAGAUUUUUUCCGGAAGAAAUAUAGCAUUCUCGAAAAAUUAAAGUCACUAGAACCAACUAACCCUUCGAACAUUCUUAAGUUGGAAAAACUGCGCAAAGUCAUCCGAGAGUCUCACGAGCAGCCUCGACAUGUAGAUAACUGUCAUUAUGAAGCAAAAAUUUCUAAACCGAGCACAUUUGCUUUGAACGAAUCCAAAGCAGAAGUACCAACUACUGCGAACUCAGUUCGCUCUCAGGUUCUAUCUCAAAGUUACAAUUAUAUGAAAGUGUUAGAUAGUUUCAAUACUCCAAGUCAAAAUAUUCCUCAAUUUGAACCUUGGGAUGAGCUUUUCAAAACAAUCCGUAACAAAUCAAUCGCAUCUAGUAGAGAUGAUAGUAUCACCGUAAAUCUUGAUUCACGUUUACAUUUAACUACAACAGAUUCUGAGAAUACUGAUUCUCGUUUCCGGGAUGGAGAUUCGUCUUCUGAAAAUAAUAUGCUUACACUUGAAUCGACUAGCUCGGCUUAUGAGGAUAACAUUGAAUACUCUAGAAGAGGACGUAAAAAUCCUACAAAUUGUAUAAACCUGGUAAUACAGCUGAAUGAUGAUGGAAGGCGACCGAGGAACAGUAGUUCGCAACAAAGUGGAAGAAGGAAUGUAAAAUUUAGAGAUGAAAGAAACCAAUUCUGCUUAUCUGUCCCCUCUGAAAUCACGAACAAAAUUACUCUGAAAAACUCUGAAGCUAAUGGCAAAAGGAGUAAGGCUACCUAUAAGCUGUCUUAUCCUAUGUCAUCCGAUUCCUCUCCGACGCUAACAAGAAGAUCGAGUCGUCCGCAUAAAAAGAAAAAGUACUUCGGCGACUAUGAUAACGAACCAAGAAGUUCGAGCGACGAAACUGUUCCAAAAGUUGAACACAAAGAUACUAAAGAUUUUAAAACUGUAAUACAAGAUUGUAGACGUGAUCAAACUUUGAUCGGAAAUUAUUUGGGAGAGAGGUAUCGUACACCAGUAAUAGAAGUCAGAGAACUCCAGCCAUCAUUGUUGACAGACUUCCAAAGAUUGUCGGAUGUGCUCCUGUAA